GCAGGCUGUGUGGUUUUGGAUGAGCGGCGAAACGGUUCGCAGACUACACACAUACACGACAGGAUGUAGCAGCGGUGAAAGAAAUAAGAAAGGAGAAGAAAAGCGCAUGAGAAGACCGCAGGUGUAGCCUAUGAGAGAGGACAGAAGCAGAAGCCGACAGUAGCAGGAUUACUCACGGCAGGUUAUGAUGACAGCACCGCGGCCGGAGCUUCUAACCUGAAGUACAGCUCCAUGCAGUUGCAUGCGCUUUUGUUUGAUGCAACACUGGAUUUUUACGCACUAACCAAACUCUGACUGGCACAGUUCAGAUACUUUGUAGCACAGAGGGGAGCGCUGAAAGAAAGAGGACAGAAUGGCGAGCCAAAACGACUGCUGUGUGAAGGUCUCUUUGAGGAUCCGUCCCCAGAUGGCGAAUGAGAAGAUUGAGGGCUGUCACGUGUGUACGCUGGUCACGCCUGGGGAGCCCCAGGUGUUGCUGGGUAAAGACAAGGCCUUCACAUACGACUUUGUGUUCGACAUCGACUCAGCCCAGCAGCAGAUCUAUGCUGCCUGCGUCCACAAACUCAUCGAGGGCUGUUUCGACGGAUACAACGCUACAGUGUUUGCCUACGGACAGACGGGCUCGGGGAAGACCCAUACCAUGGGGACAGGGUUUGAUGUGAACGUGCAGGAGAAGGACCAGGGUAUCAUACCGCGGGCUGUUCAUCAGCUGUUCCUGGGCAUCCAGGAGAGAAAGAUCCAGGCCCAGCAGCAGGGCACACAUCCUCCAGAGUUUAAAGUCAGUGCACAGUUCCUAGAGCUGUACAAUGAGGAGAUCCUAGAUCUGUUUGACGGAGCCAGAGACCCAGACUGUAAGAGCAGGAAGUCUAAUAUUAAGAUCCAUGAGGACAGUAGCGGCUCCAUCUACACCACCGGAGUCACCUCACGACUUGUCAGCUCAGAGGAAGAGAUGUUACAGUGUCUGAAGCUGGGAGCGUUGUCUCGUACCACGGCCAGUACCCAGAUGAACGCAUCCAGUUCCAGAUCUCACGCCAUCUUCACCAUCAACCUCUGUCAGAUGAGAGUCUGUCAACAAACUGAGGAGAAUGGUGAGGUGAAUGGAGGUGUACAUGGAGGUGUGAUUGGGGAGGUGAACGGAGAGGUGAAUGGUGUUGGUGGAGAUGGAGGGUCUAUUACCAAGCCUGAGUAUGAGACUCUGAUGGCCAAGUUUCACUUUGUGGACCUAGCUGGAUCAGAGAGACUCAAACGCACCGGAGCAACGGGAGAAAGGGCACGGGAGGGCAUAUCCAUCAACUGUGGACUGCUGGCUUUGGGGAAUGUGAUCAGUGCUCUGGGGGACCAGGCUAAGAAAGGAGGACAUGUUCCCUACAGAGACUCUAAACUAACGCGCCUACUACAGGACUCACUGGGAGGAAACAGUCGUACGGUGAUGAUCGCGUGUGUGAGUCCGUCGGACCGGGACUUCAUGGAGACCCUGAACACUCUGAAGUAUGCCAACAGAGCCAGGAACAUCAAGAACAAGGUGGUGGUGAACCAAGACAAGACCAGCCAACAGAUAUCUGCUCUGAGGGGCGAGAUCGCCAGGCUACAAAUUGAACUUUUGGAGUAUAAAGCGGGUAAGCGUGUGGCGGGUGAAGACGGCUCGGAGGGCUUCAGUGAUCUGUUCCAAGAGAACUCUAUGUUACAGAGAGAGAACGACACGCUACGCAUGAGAGUCAAAGCCAUGCAGGAGACCAUCGACCACCUCAACACACGGGUCACCACGCUCCUCGCCAACGAGGUCAGCACGCUGCUCGCUAAGUCAGGUGAGGGCAAUGAGGAGAUUGGUGCUCUGAUCCAGAACUACAUCAGAGAGAUCGAGGAGCUCAGAUCUAAGCUCCUGGAGAGCGAGUCGAUGAACGAGUGUCUUCGUCGCAGUGUAACCCGUCUCUCCUCCCGUUCCCCGUUCUCCGCCUCCUCCUCUCAUAACUCCACCCCGGGGCCACACCCCUUAGGCUCCUCCCCUUCCCUUUCCAUGGAGGCGGAGAUGACGGACGUGAUUCGUCGAGCCAAGACAGACAUCGAGAGGCUGAAGAAGAAGGAGAGGAGACAGAGGAGGAUGAGCCCAGAGAAAGAGAAAGGGUUGAAGAAACGAGUGAAGCUUCAUUCUCAUGAGAACGGACAGAACGGAGAAAACGGACAGAUGGACUCGGAUGUGAUGUCACCUCUGCAGGAGGAAGAGAGCGGGUGUGACGAGGAAGAAGAGGAGGAGGAUGAGGAGGAAGGGAGAGAUGAAGAGGAGUUUGACAGUGAUGAGAGUCUGGUGGACUCAGACUCUGACUCUGAUGAGAAAGCUAAUUUCCAGGCGGAUCUGGCAGACCUGACGAGUGAGAUUGAGAUCAAGCAGAAGUUGAUCGAUGAGCUGGAGAACAGUCAGAAGAGACUGCUGCAGCUCAAACUACAGUAUGAAGAGAAACUCAUCCUGCUGCAGAACAAGAUCAGAGACACACAGCUGGAGAGAGAUAGAGUACUGCACAACCUCAUGUCUAUGGAGAACUACACAGAGGAGAAGGCUAGCAGGAUUAAAUCAGAGUAUGAGAAGAGGCUGAAGGAGAUGAACAGAGACCUGAUGAAACUACAGGCAGCACAGAAGGAACACACUAGGCUACUGAAGAACCAAGGACGCUAUGAACAGGCACUGAAGAAACUACAGCAGGAGGUCAACGAGAUGAAGAAAGCCAAGGUGGCGGUGAUGAAGCAGAUGAAGGAGGAGCAGCUAAAGAGGAGGAUGAUGGAAGCCAAGAGGAACAGAGAGAUCGCUCAGCUCAAGAAGGAGCAGCGACGACAGGAAUACCAGAUUCGUUCGUUGGAGUGUCAGAAGCGUCAGCAGGAGCUGGUCCUGAGGAGGAAGAGCCAGGAGGUGACAGCCUUACGACGGCUGGCUAAACCAAUGUCUGGACGUAUGGCUAGACGACUACAGCCCCUAGACUCUGGAGCAGAACUGUCUGCCAGCACCACCUCCUCUGAACCAGAGUCCAACCGGACCACCUCAACCAACGUGUCUAACAUAGUGAGACAGUGGAACACCAAGAUGAAUGGCUACCUGGGAGAGAGCGAGAGGGUGACCACCAACGGGACACAGGUUAUUGGCAGUAGGAAGCGUGUCCAGCAGCACAAGGGUGUUCUAGUGGGCAGCAGUAGUUUCUCUAAGUCGGCCCGUCAGAAGUGGCAGACUCUAGAGAGGAGGAUCCUAGACAUUGUCAUGCAGAGGAUGACCAUCACCAACGUAGAGGCCGACAUGGACCGACUCAUCAAGAAGCGAGAGGAGCUGUCUGUGCAGCAGGAGGCACUGUUGCGUAAAAGGCAGGUGCUUAUGGCUGAGGGGGAGGGGCCUGACGGGGAGGACCGCCUAGUCCAGGAAAUGAACGAGGACAUUGAGGUUCUGAAUGCAAACAUCGACUACAUCAACGACAGCCUAUCAGACUGCCAGGCCACCAUCGUUCAUAUAGAGGAGACCAAGGAUGAGCUGGACUCAGUGGACACCUCAGUGGUCAUCAGCUCCUGCUCUCUGGCUGAGGCCCGACACCUCCUGGACCACUUCCUCAAGGCCUCCAUCGACAAGGGUUUACAGGUGGCUCAGAAGGAGUCUCAGAUCCGUCUGUUGGAGGGCCAGCUGAGACAGACAGAUAUGAUUGGCUCUGCUCAUAACCACAUCAUCCUGGACGCGCUGAGAGAGAAGGCUGAGUGUAUCCCCGAGCUGCAGGCACUCAUCCACAACGUACAGCAGGAGAAUGGUUAUGUCAGCACUGACGAGGAGCCUUCAGAGUUUAGCCAGGCCUCUGAUGGCAGUGUGUCUCAGAUGAAGUCUUCAGCUAGUCAGGAUGACUUCAAGCUGAAGGUUCAGACUGAGCCCCGUCUGUCAGCCCAGAUGAAAGCGGUAUCGGCAGAGUACCUUGGUCCCGUGUUAGACCCGUCCACUAAGAACAUCACCAAGUCCCUGGCCUCCCUAACAGACAUCCAGGAGAACGGGGCCAGUAUGAGUGGCCUGAGCCUCACUCUCCCCAUCUUUAGAGACAGGGUGUCAAGGACCAUCAGCCUGCCUGUCCGGGGACACACCUUUCCCAGGCAGUCUCGGGGGGGUGACACCUCCCCUCUAACAAGGAGGAAGUCUUAUGACCGAGGCCAGUCUUACAGAAAUGCUGAUGGGUAUACUCCCCCAUCCUCCCCCCCUCUCAGAACCAGAAAUGACCGCAAUGUCUUUUCAAGGCUCACCAGCAACCAGAGCCAAGGCUCUGCACUGGACAAGUCGGAUGACAGCGACUCCUCUCUCUCGGAGGUGCUCAGGGGUGUGAUCACUUCCACGGGGGGAGUGAAGGGGGGACGGACGGCGCCCCUCCAGUGUUCUGCUGUAGCAGAGGGACACACUAAACCAGUCCUCUGUGUGGAUGCUACAGAUGAACUGCUCUUCACUGGAUCCAAAGACCGGACGUGUAAGAUGUGGAACCUGGUGACGGGACAGGAAAUCGUCACGCUGAAAGGGCACCCCAAUAACGUGGUCUCAGUCAAAUACUGUUCCUCCUCCUGCCUAGUGUUCUCUGUCUCCACCUCCUACAUCAAGGUCUGGGACAUACGAGACUCUGCCAAGUGUGUCCGCACCCUCACGUCUUCAGGCCAGGUGGUAUCGGGGGAUGCGUGUGCGGGCACCACCCCCCGUACCGUCACGGUGGCACAGGGUGAAUACCAGAUCAACCAGAUAGCUCUGAACCCCUCUGGCUCUGUCCUGUAUGCUGCUUCUGGCAACACCGUACGCACCUGGGACCUCAACAGGAUGACAGCAUUAGGGAAGCUGACAGGUCAUAUAGGUUCAGUGAUGUGUCUCACUGUAGGUCAGUCUCUACUUGGCAAAGACCAGGUCAUCACUGGCUCCAAGGACCACUACGUCAAGGUGUUUGAUGUGGCAGAGGGCAUGCUGGGUAAUUUAGGCCCUGCCCACAACUUUGAGCCUCCGCACUAUGACGGCAUCGAGUGUCUGGCCAUCCAGGGAGACGUUCUGUUCAGCGCAUCACGAGACAACGGCAUCAAGAAGUGGGACCUGGAGAACCAAGAACUCACACAGCAAAUCCCCAACGCCCAUAAGGACUGGGUGUGUGCGCUGGCAUAUGUUCCAGGUCGACCCAUGCUGCUGAGUGCGUGUCGGGGAGGCAUGCUGAAGGUGUGGAACGUUGAUAACUUCACCCCCAUAGGAGAGGUCAGGGGUCAUGAGAGCCCCAUCAACGCCAUCUGCACCAACUCACGACACAUCUUCACCGCUUCCAGUGAUAUGACAGUGAAGAUCUGGUCAGCAAAGGUGGGGAAGAAGAGGUGACGUUCGGUCGGAGCAUUAAUGUGACAUUAUCAUCGGCGGCCAUCUUUACUGAGGGCCUUCACCCCUGACCUCUGACCCUCUCACCUCAACCAAUCAGGUGUGACGCGGCAGGACGUCAUGGUUACCAACCAUUACCGGGACGACCAAAGUGUGGAUGACGUGUCGUCGCAAAGUUUAGUCUCCUCCGGAAAGAUCCUUAUGAGGAGUGUGUCUUGAACUGAAAGGCAAAACGGGAAGUUUGAGGGUGUUUGCCUUUUCUUGUUUCUACUGCCAAUCCAACUGUAAGUGCCAUUAAGGUGUGAUGUGAAUUGGACAAGAUGAAACCUUUAUUGUGCCAGAUAAUGUCUGUGUGAGGACAAAAAGCAGCUACUGACUGAUUAAUCUACUCCUAUUUAUUAUUCAUUCAAUGAAAACAAGGUCUCCCAGAAGUGAACUAACCCUUGGAGAACACAAUUUCUGAGCCAACUAAAGACUAUGAUGUUUCUAUCUUCAGGACUGUCUGUGUUUGAUUGUCUACUGGCUGUGAUGAACAAACUGGAAUUAAUUUACAGCAAAGGGGACUGAGAGAGCGAGGUGUUCAGUAACAUACAGUGUUGAAACCACUGGACAGUUUGUUGAGAGUUCAGUUCAGCCCUUUGUGAUUCCCUGUCUCUUCAUCUCUAUGGAUGGGUUUUAAUGUGGCCUCUACUUUGGCUGCAGGCUGCUGAGUCUGCACUGAGAGAGCCUAUCACUAAUACAUCACUACUAACACCAGUCCUGGAGGAUCACACACACACACACACACACACACACACACACACACACACACACACACACACACACACACAUACCCACACACACAUACCCACACACACACAAACACUGCUGUCUUAUCAGGGUGGGAGUGCAGGAAUAAUAAUAUUAUACACACACACAAACACACACACACCACCCCCACCAGGCAGCAGUAGCUCCACAGGUGCCAAAGUUCCAGAUCAUUAUCUCUCCUGUCUUUAUGCAGCCUGAGACUGACUACGUCCCAAAUGGCACCCUACUUCCUAUAAAGUGCACUACAUUUGACCAGGGAUUAGGGUGCCCGUUGGGAGUCACCCUCUCUAUCACUGAGGCUCUCAACACUUCAAUAAGCACCAUGAAAAUCACCAUCUCAACCUCUCCUCUUACCCUGUGAGUCUGAUAUGCUGUGCAACUCCAUUCUGAGCUUAUUAGCUGUUGUAACUUCUGCAAACCUGGGAUUGAAUGACAGGAGGUUGCACCUUAAUUGGGCAGGACUGGCUUAUGGUAAUGGCUGGAGCAGAAUCAGUGGAAUGGUAUCAAAUACAUCAAACACAUGGUUUGAUGCCAUUCCAUUCGUGCAGUUCCAGCCAUUAUUUUGAGCCGUUCUCCCCUCAGCAGCCUCCAUUGGUUUAAAUACUAUUUUUCAGCAUUUGCUCUAGCCUGUCUGGAGUGCCAGAUGUGCCCUUUUGGGACUAUUAUAUUGGCCCAUGAAGCCAGGCAAGCUCAAUCAAGCACAGAUCAUGUAUUUGGAAUAUCAAAUAGUAUUUGAACCCAGGUCUGAACUGAUGAUAACUGUAACUGCAGACACCCAGAUAGAGCUGAGCUGUCCUAGCUCUAGUUCUGCACUACAUAUACAGUGGUGGGAGGAAUGUAGGGAUGGUAAUGCUAGCCACUCUAAUUGGCUGCUGUGUUAGCAGGUGGUGAUGAGAUAGGCUGCAUGAUGGGAAAAGUCUGAAUAAGUAGGUCAGGACAGAGAAGAGUGUUUGUGCGUCCCAAUUGACACCAUAUUCCCUACAUAGUGCACUACUUUUGACCAGAGUCCUAUGGGCCCUUGUCAAACACUAUAUAGGGAAUAGGGUGCCAUUUGGGCCGCAUCCUUUAUAAGAUAUUUAUUUAUUCCGUUCAGUAGUUUUAGGGUCUGUGCUGCUGUGUGUGUCAAAUUCGCUGCGUGCCCGUUGGGGUAGUGUAGGGGCGACACCUGGCUUCACACACACACACACACAUGCUUGUGUAUUUUUAGGUUAUCCAUCUUGCCUGGCAGGGCUUGGCUUCCUUCAGCUCUGAGUUUUACUGUCUGCUGAGUUAAACAUAUUAGUCUUCUAGCCCUCCCACCCACGCACACACACACACACACACAGACAGACAGACAGACAGACAGACAUGCACACACACACUCCUGUGGUUAACCACCAUCUCCAGGCACUGGUGAUCAGAGAAUCUUCCCUCCUUCUAACCCUUUGAGAAGGGGACAUUCUAAUCAAUUCCCACUGAUGAUGUCACAAAAUAGAAAUUCUCACACUCCGUCCCUGAGGAUCUGAAAUAUCUUUAGAUGCCUAGUGAUCCACUGAGCCAUGUGUAAUUCACAGCAUUUCUUCUCCUGUGAAUAUAUCUCUUUGUUAUUGAGUGCACUUUAUCUGGUAAAGACUUAGAAAUGUGUGUACUGUACUGUGAUGAAAUGGAUUACAUUAGAGGAAUGGAUUGGUGGUCCGAUAUAGAAAAAGAAAAGUAUCCCAAAUGAAAUCUACUGCAAUGAGAAUCUCAAUUACUGUAUUUGUUCUCAUAGAUUUGAAGAGCUGUCUUUGAAGACUGAAUCGAUUUUGUUUCUCUUACAAUACAUUUUGAUGCUGCUAACUUCAUGUAAAUAGUUUGAUAAAGAGAAACAUAAGAAAUAAGAUAAAGCAAUCAUGUUAUUCUGAGCCUAGGUUUAGGUUUGAGUUGAAGGUAGAGGGAGUGUAUACAAUACUCCACAGAUCCAGUCUUAGAGUCUCUGUAUGUAGCCCAUAAUGUUUACCAAAUGCCUUGUUUUUAAAGCCAUUUGAACGUUUUUAAGGUACAAUCGAUGUUCCUUUGUCAUAGAGGAAUAUCUAUGUAAUCUCUUUAGCCUUUACAACCUCUUUAAUAACGUCAAACUAUCAUGCCUUUUUUGACUCCCUUUAUUAUUGUAGUCUUUCCUUGUAUUUUCCCAUUUUCCAAAUCCUCUAUCAUGUCCUUUGGAGGACCAGGCUUAACAUGAAGGAUGUUGAACACCCACAGCUGUGCCAAUCACCUAUAGCUAGCUAACUAUGUGGUGCUUUACUCUGCUGACUGUACAGUAUCAGCCUUUCUACUCCUUCGCUCAGUGUGUUUCACAGUAGCUGUUAGAGGAAGCUGUGUAGUACUUAAGGUGCUUUAAAGGGGCCUCUGCUUGAUCGUACCAGAUGCAUCGCUAUUUACGAACCAACUUUUUAAGAGUGUUUUCCAAACAAGCAAGUAGAGAGUAUGUUGUUAGACCAAGUGUCGAUACUGAUAGGAUCGAAAGAAAAGCAGCGCUGCUCUCGGAUCAGCUUUCUCCAUUCAAAUCUUACCUUAACAUUAUAAUUAUUCCACAAUACUGACAAAGGAUCAGCUCCUAGACAGAUAUGACCAAUAAUGGGUGCAAAUAGGCUAUAGAGGCAGUUUAUUAUGCUUACCCAAUAAUAAUGCACUAAAUUACAGAUUGAGCACAUCAUUGCGCACAAGUUGUCACACAUCAUGAAACACAUUGAGGUACAAAUUACAGACAGUAUCCUAGUCGCAAAAUAGAACUCAAUUUAUUGAACAUGAAAUGUUUAUCGAUAUGAUUUAAAUAACCUAUAUAGGUCCAUGUAGGCAUGUUUUAAUGCAGUCAUUUCGGUUUUCAUUUGAAGCAUAAUGUUAUCCUCAACUUGGUUGUUAGUAACAAUUGCAAAUAUUUUGGCAACUUUAUAUUUGUAGUCAAAUUCGUUCUGAAGUUAUCGUCAGUCACAGUCUGACUGGCUUUUUAAGAGCCACCUUGCUAACGAAGGCUCUGGGAAACACCUUGUCUACUAAAGAAAGUUAUAAUAUGUUCUGAUAUGUAGGCCUAAUCAAACGCUGACCGAGCUGAUAUGUAUAGAGUUCACGCCAGCUCUGUUUCUCUCUAUUUCUGCUUUACAGGCAAAGUGGACAGUAACAUGUCUCUGGCGGUAUCUGUCAACCGGGGUCAAAUUCUAUACAGGGUCAAAGGUCAUACCAGGUACCUUUUUAUUGCACAGGCUCCUCCCCCUACGGACUACUGUAAAUGUUUGUACAGAUAAUGUUGUUUUUCUUUUUCUUACAAUGUGCAUGUGACCAAAUACCAUGUAAAAUUCCUUGACAUUUAAAUACUGUAAGUACAUUUAUUAUUUAAUGAUGGAUCAAUAAAUCGUUCCUUCAUUUAAAUAAGUACAAAAAAUGUCAUCCUUGAAUGAUAUAUGUUUUUUUUGUUAACUUCAGUUGGAAUGAGUAAUUGUCUUUUCAUGCAGUCAGCUGUCAAAGUUUGGGGAAAACACAGCAGCGAGAUACAACAGAUGUGGGUGGAUGAGAACACUACCCCUCUAUCCCUCUGUACCAACACUGAUAGGAUCUAACAAAUGACUUGGGACUGUAAUCACGAUAGAUUGUUCCCCUUCUCGUUCUGUUUACCAAUCGACUUUUACAAAU